GCUUGUUAUCACACGGGCUUAUCAUCAUUUCUGACACCUUACUGCACGUACUAGGAAGUUUUCACGCAAGUGGAACAAGCUACAAACAUGGUAAACCCUGGUAGUUAUAAAUUACAUUUUGCAACUUCUCUUCCAUAUUUUAGCUAAAAUGCUUAGCACAAGAAAAUAUCUAUAACCAUUUCAUGUGUUUUUAAUUCAAAGUACAAUGUAGAAGGACACAGGCAGACAUAUGAGUGUGUCCCCCUCCCUGAACUAACAGAGGCUAGGGAUAAAUCUGCUAUCUCGUCCAUUGGGGCACCCUAUCACCUCCAUAACCGCAGAAAGAGUGUAAAAAUGUUAGUUCGGUUCUCUGCAGUAAUAAUCUAUUGACAUGAAAAUUAAAAGAAUGUUGAUGUUUAUUACAGAAAAUUGCUUCACCAGUUUUCUUUUCUUUCCAAAUUGCACAAAUUUGUCUCUCAUAUAACAAAUAAAAGUAAUGUUUCUAAAUGAAAAUGAUGAAAGAGUGAAAGGUAAAUAAUGUCAUUUUUCUAGCUGAUCAGCUUUCUGUGCUGAAGGCGCUGCGAACUCAGUCCAACCGUUAGCAGGCGCUAUACCAGAUGUUGCCUUUGACAGAUGCGUGCUUUGAUCUAUACCCCUCUUUAAUUAUUUAUAUAAAAAUUGAAGUUCUGGAGAUGCUGUGACUCGGUGCAGGCGUUACGCCGCAUGCCGCACAUUGAAACAUAGAAAAAAAGAAAGCUAGAACAUCACACAGGAAAUCGAACUGGAGGUAGACACACCUAUCCCCCAGACGCUCCCAACUCACAAACCUAAGAAAUAUAAUUGUUGGAAUUUUACGUUUGUUUAGUUUUUUAGUUACAUAUGUAUAUCAUAACUGACUGAUGCUAUUUACUUACAUGUAUUCGGUAUCUUGUCAUCAUUGAUGAUAUAUGGUCUGUAUUGGCAUGGAAUGCUAUCAAGUGUGCUUUUCCAGAAAAUAAUUGUUCCAGCAGAAUUAUAGCCACCACACGCAUUUUGGAAGUAGCAAGUUCUUGUUGUCCAGGUCGUGAUGAUCAGAUCUAUGAAAUGAAACCUCUAAGUAAUCUUCACUCUGAAAAACUCUUUUUCAAAAGAAUUUUUGGCUCACUGGAUUCCUGCCCUGAUAUGCUGAAUGAAGUUUCAUAUGCAAUUCUGAAAAAGUGUGGAGGCUUACCAUUGGCAAUUAUCAGUAUAUCUGGAUUGCUGGCAAACAAACCAUGUGUCAAAGAAGAGUGGGAGAAGGUGAAAAGGUCAAUCGGUGCUGACUUGAACAAAAGACAGAGUCUAGAGGGAAUGAAAAAUAUAUUAUCACUGAGCUACAAUGAUCUUCCACCAAAUCUCAAGACGUGCAUGCUGUAUUUAAGUAAUUUUCCCAAGGAUUACGUGAUUGAGAGAGAAAGGUUAGUUAGGCGAUGGAUAGCAGAAGGAUUUAUAUCUGAAGAACGCGGUCAGAGUCAUCAAGAUGUUGCAGAGAAUUAUUUUUAUGAGCUUAUUAACAAAAGCAUGGUCCAACCAAUAGACAUUGGUUACGAUGGUAAGGUCCAAGCUUGUCGGGUACACGACAUGAUGCUUGAACUUAUCAUUUCAAAGUCUAUUGAAGAGAAUUUCAUCACAGUGGUAAGCGGCAACCAGACUGUUUGGGAAAAUUCCCAAUGUUUUAUUCGACGACUAUCUAUCCAGCACAUUGACCAGCAUCUUGCAUCCGAAUUGGCCAAGAAAGAUCUAAGCCAUGUUCGAUCACUUACAGUAACAUCAUCAAGUUGCAUCAAACAUUUGCCCAGUCUUGUUGAGUUUGAAACUUUACGUGUACUGGAUUUUGAAGGUUGCAAGGGACUGAAGAAGUAUGAUAUGAGCAGUAUCGACAAACUAUUCCAGCUGCAGUACUUGAGCUUUAGGGGCACGGAGAUAUCUGAGGUACCAUCAGGAAUUGUGAUGCUACAUGAUCUUGAGACACUAGAUCUUCGGGAUACUUUCAUUGAAGAGUUGCCUGGUGGAAUUGUGCAGCUCAUUAAACUACAGCAUCUACUCAUGAAAAAUAUGUAUGGAACAGAUGAAACAAGGAUACCAAUUGGGAUUGGGAAUAUGACAAACUUGCUAGGGAUCUCAGGCUUCAAUAUUACCUCGAGUUCAGUACAUGCAGUGGAGGAGCUAGGGAAACUGAUCAAUUUGAUCGUACUCCAUGUACGGUACAUAGCGGACAGUGAAGAAUCUCACAAGUACAGGAGACAUGGAGAUAUGUUACUUUCCUCCCUAUGCAAGCUUGGCAGCUUCAAACUUCAGUCCUUGUGUAUAGAUGGUGGUAAUUCGUGUCCAUUCGAGUUAUUAGAUUCUUGGUCACCUCUGCCGUCUUACCUCCAAAGUUAUAAGAUGUCUACACCCUACUCCCUAUCCAAACUUCCAAAGUGGAUCGCACCACUCGCCAGCCUUGCAUACCUAGACAUUAAUUUGAGUGUAUUAACAGAGCAGGAUCUUCGUAUUCUUGGAGUGCUGCCUGCUUUACUUUCUUUGGAACUUCAUGUUGACAAUGUCCAAAAAGAAAUGCUUCCUGUGAAGGGUGUAGGGUUCCGAUGUCUGAAGGAGUUUGUUUAUGCACUUUAUGAGGGAACCACGGCAAACCUUCUGUUUGAGGAAGGGGCGUUGCCAAAGCUCGAGAAGCUUGAGCUUCCGUUUUUUGUAUCAACGGCAAGAGCCUAUUGCUUGUACUUAGGUAUUGAGCAUCUCCCAUGUUUGAAAGAUUUAGAUAUUGUCAUUUACAACAAAGGUGCCACAUCCUCUGAAUGCGAGGCUGCAGCAGUUGCCAUAAGGAAGGAAGCAAGUCAGCAUCCUAACCAUCCAAGGUUAAUUCUCAGUCAAAUAUACAAAGGGAGUGACACUGAUGAUGAUGAGGUCAGCAGGGGGCAGAGUGACGCUAUCGAAGCAAGUUGAAGUAUUGUGAGGGCAUUCCAUUUCAUUUCCGAUGCAGGAUGUAUUAUUGCUGUUAUCAUAUAUUAUUACGAGUUUUAGUAGUUUAUUCUUUCUCCUUUAGUGCAUGGAUUUUCUCCAUAUCUUCAAGAAGCUUCCUUAAAUAUGUAUUUUCUGCUACAUGUUUACUCUCAUUAGGGAUGUUGUUCUCAUUAAAGACAAGUGCGGAUGUCUUCAUUGUACUGGUAUGCCCAAGCCUGAAGCCACUGAACAUUCUGGUUGCCUUAAGAAGAUGGGAACACGUAUGUGGAAGCUCAAAUAAAUUGACCCAGAACUCCAGAAGGAGUUGCCUUAGUUGUUUUUUCUCUGUGUGCACGUGUCAUGUGUGCAUCAGAUUGUUUUCCAUUUGUUUGUUACUCCUCCAAUCCAUAGUAAAUGCAUCAGAUUUAGUACAGCUUUGCAGUAACUUUGUAUUAAAUCUGAGAAGUUAUUAUGAAUAGGAGGGAGUACUGUGGUUAAGAUUGACAUUGUGAGUGCAGCUUAAAUGGACAGGCAUAUGUUGGUUGGCUA